AUGAUUCGCGGUAAAAACAAAUUCUCGUGGACUGCUUAUUACGACAUCGACGAUAUUCAUCGUUACUUGACUAAUAUGAGUGAGACUUUCUCGAAGUGGUCACAACUUAUCGUCGGUGGACGAAGCUACCAGGGCCGCUCUAUUCUGGGCUUGCGGAUCAACAUACCCGGUCUGAACGGUUCACCUAAGCCAGUUAUAUUCAUCGAAUCGGGUAUCCACGCAAGGGAGUGGAUAGCUCCGGCCACAACGACUUACUUUAUUAACCAGCUCCUAACAAGCACCGAUCAAAAUAUAAUAGCCCUGCGAAAUCAAUUUGACUGGCGAAUUUUUCCCUCUGUCAACCCUGAUGGUUAUCACUACAGCUACACAGUGGAUCGGUUUUGGAGAAAGACCGUUUCGAAUUCAAAUCAUAGGUGCUUUGGAGCAGAUCCCAACAGAAAUUGGGAUUACAACUGGGGACAACACUCAUCGACGCAUAACCCAUGCGACUAUGAAACAUACGCUGGCUCUAGGCCGUUCUCUGAAAUUGAAACUCGAUCGCUAUCCUCAUAUAUCCAGAGCAUUAAUAAUCUGAUGAUGUACAUCAGCUUCCAUUCAUACGCUGCGAUGCUGUUAGUCCCAUUCUCCGAUUCCACAGAACAUGUACAUAAUUACAAUGACCUGAUAAGAGUUGGUAAAUCAUCACUCGACUAUGGUUAUAGUUUCAACAAAAAUAAAAGAUACAAGGGACCUGCCACGGCGGCGGAGUUACUAUAUAAAGCUUCAGGCGGCAGCAUGGAUUGGGUCCGCCAUACUUUAGGAACACCACUGGUUUAUACCUAUGAACUGCGUGGAAACUCUUUCCACUGGCCACCAUCUAGAAUCCAGGAACAAGGAGACGAAGUCACUCAAAUGAUCCUGGGAUUGGCCACCGAAGCGAACAACGAAGAACCAAGUUAUGUCGGACUCACACUCACGGUGGUCGCCAUCUGCUCUAAUCACGGGAUCUCCACACUACCGCAGCCCCUCCUUAGCUUGCCUAUGAUAGCCCUUUCAGGGACGGGAUUACGCUGGCCUCAGCAUCCCCGCGGUGGAGACUACUUAAAGCCACCGACCUCCUUUAGCGGGCUUGACUGGGCAAUUAAGGGCUUCACCCCAAUCGCUCAUGACCUA